AUAUUGACUGCUUUUUUGUGUUAUUUUUUGGUUGCAAUUUAUUUACAAUAACGAUGUUACGGAGAGGGCAGGCUAUGCUGCCUUUCUUCUUAUUGACCUGGGUCUUGAGGCUUACACAAGCUCUUGCUUCAGCUCAUGAUCCCCUGCAGGACGAAGCAGCUGCAAAUUCCAUGUCAGGGACAGGAAACUUGGAUCGUGGAGGGACCUUGAGCUUAGCUACUGAUUUAGCCAUUCCUUAUGCUGCAGAUGUUUUUUCUAAACCAGAUAGCUUUUCACCAAAUGGAAAAGGUGAACUUUUUGAGGUUUCUGGUUAUUCUGCAGAUCAACAGAGGCAGUCUCUUGCUCAUGUGUUUUCUGAGUCUGAUGCUACAAACCAUGGGCUUUUUGAUUUCAGCCAGCAUUAUAGGUAUGAUAAGGAUACACUUGAACAGCCUGUCUCUUCCAAUUUGGAUAGUGAUCACUUCAAUUCCGAUUUGACCAAGAACCCUGUCCCUUUUGUUGCUGAUGAGUACCUUAUGGCUUCAGAAUCUGAAGGCGAUGUGGAACAUGCACUCUUUACUGAUUGGAGUAAUGAUGCUGACUUCCCUCAAGUCUUUAAAUAUGCUGAUUUAGCUUCUUCAGAUAAAGAAAAUGUAUCUAAUACUGCUACCCUCAAUGAUUCGGUUAUUAAUCUUGCCACAGAAGUGGGUAUAGGUGACCUUGGCAAAGAAUUUGAUUCUUCUGACAACUAUAAAUCUGGUACCUAUUCUGAAACCCUAGGCUAUGAUUCUGUUGCCUUUGCAGAUCUUGAAAAGAAAGGCACUGAUACUUUGCGUCCUGAUGUGCAUUCCUAUCAUCGUGAGGACCUAGUUACUGGUGACCUUACUGGCAUGCACGUUUCUUCUUUUGACCGCUCUGUACUUACCGAUAUAAAUCUGGAGUUGCAUAAAACUCUUUCUCCAGCUUUUAAAAUUGCCAGUGCACGCAACUCUCCUGUUCUCUCUGAAGGUCACGAGUUGCCAAGCAGCAUCUAUGAUGCCUCUGUAGGGCUCUAUGGUGUAUUUAAUCUACCUAUUACCCCAGAAAACCCUCCUCCCCAUAGCACAGGAGAGCCAUCCACCCUGGCUUCAGCAACUACAUGCGGUGUUGCAGACAUGACCAUCAAAUUGUUUGGUGGAAGGUUGACGGACCUUAAAGUGCAAGCCGACUUCAUGUUAGUUGAAGUAAGCAAGAUUACGCAGAGGUGCAGAUACAAGGUGUUGGAGAAAAAUGGAGUGGUCCACUUUACAACUGCCUUCAAAGGUUGCAAUGUGAAGGCACUGGGUGGGCAAUAUGUGUUGACCCUGAUGUGGAGGAACCACUAUGUGCAUAUGUCCUGUCCAAUUUCUACACCUGAUAGACCUGUUACAAUCUGUGGUAAGAGUAGCAUGACCAUCACACUCCCAGCAGGACCAAUAGAAGCGCUUCGUGUAAAAAAUAAAUUCAACAAAUGGGUAUCCAUUUAUGAAGUUGCUGUUAAAUGCAAAUAUCAACUGUUGAGUGAUUCAGAGGGAAGGAUCACUUUCACUACUUCCUACAAUGGAUGUCACGUGAGGCGAUUGAUGGAUCGUUAUUUCUAUAACAUCUACUAUCAAAUGGCUCCAGGGAAGCUAGGACAGGCACUCAUGUCUUGUAGGACCGGAAUUAAUGUCACAGUCCCACCUGAAGAGUCUUUGCCGUCUAUGUUUUGUGGCAAGUCUGGCAUGAUGAUCAAAUUGCCUAAAGGAAGUCUUAAUGCAGUCAAAGUGAGAGAUGGUUUUGACAAGGCAAUACCUGUCAGUAGUAUUGCCGAGCAAUGCAAUUAUCAACUCUUUCAAAUGAAGACUGGACACAUCAUCUUGAUUGCUUCCUUCCAAAGCUGUCAAGUUGCAUUUGUGGAUGGUUGCUUUGCCUUGAGCCUCCAAUUCCAGCAUGCUGAUGGUGUAAUGGGAGAGGCGUCUGUGCUUUGCCAUGCGGGUGGGAAGCCAAAACCAACUUCCCAACCAGAGACCCCUACAACUCAAGAAGUAUUUUCCAGUAUACUGUCUACAGUAAUUCCUGUAGAUGUGUCUGCUACCAUCUGCAACAAGGAUGGCAUGACAGUAGUGCUACCCAAUGGUCCUUGGUGGGGGAUUAGAGUGAAAGAUCUUUCUGGCCAAGAGAUCACUGUGACUAGUGCUUUGGCAGAACGAUGCCAUUACAAUCUCUCUCUGCAUCUGGAGAAAAUAAUCUUUACAACUACCUACACUGGCUGUUUUGUUGAGGAAGUGGGAGGUUGGUAUGUUCUGACUGUCCUGUACAGGACAGCUACUUGGAAUCGAGGGUCUGUGCGGAUGGAAUGCCCAACCAGUGCUGGAAGCCCUACAGAAUUGCCUCCUCUUCCAGCCACUGUGGGGAAACCCACUCCUGUCUGCAGGUCCUCUAACAUGACUGUGGUGCUGCCGGCAGGAUCUCUAGAAAAAGUCUUUGUACUAGAUGAAUUAAAGAGGCCAGUAAAAGUCAUUGAUGCGCCCAAGUCAUGCAAUUACAGCUUGGUGGAGAGACGAGGACGGAUCCUCUUCACAGCUCCCUACAGCGCCUGUGAUGUCAAGAUCUUGAAUGGAAACCAUGUCCUGACCAUUAUGUAUACAAGUUAUUCUGGAGGCUUUGCGUCAGUGCAGAUGGAAUGCCCUACCACUGGAGAACCAACAAAACCCUCUCCCUCUACAAAACCCAUUCCUCCAACUCCUGUCUGUGGAGCUUCCAGCAUGAUGGUGGAGCUGCCUGAGGGACCUCUGGAACAAGUCAAGAUAAUGAAUAACGCUAAUGGGCUAUGGGUAGCGGUAAAGGAUGUCCCAAAGAACUGCAACUACACACUGAUGAAGGAAAGAGGAAGAAACCUCUUCAUAACCUCCUACAAGGCCUGUCAUGUCAGGAUACUGAAUAAAAACUAUGUCUUGACUAUAAUCUACACAACUGCAACUGGGAUAAGAGGGAUGGUGCAAAUGACUUGUCCAGCAGUAGAGACAACAACCCAUACUACUAGGACUACAACUAUUGGAAAGCCAGGGACUACUGGGAAACCUACAAAACCAACUCUCCCUCCCACUCCUGUCUGCAAAGCCUCCAGCAUGACUGUAGCCCUGCCCUCUGGGUCACUACAAGUUUUGUUAUUGAAUCUGUCCAAUGAAUGGGUAGAUAUCAAUGCUGCUCCCAGUUACUGCAACUACAGUUUGGUGCAGGGAAGAGGCGGCAGGAACUUCUUUACAGCCCCUUACAGGGCUUGUGAUGUCCGGAUACAGAAUGGAAACUACAUGUUGACCUUGCUUUACAUAACUGCUGCUGAUGAACGAGGGUACUUGGACAUUAGAUGUCCCACCACUGGUGGGGAGCCAACGGAGACUACUAGCCCCUCUGGUGGGGAGCUGACCGGAACCACUGGUGGAGAAAUGACAACUAUUUGGAAACCUACAAUGCCAACUCUCCCUGACACUGCUCUCUGCAGAGCCUCCAGCAUGACUGUAGAACUGCCCUCUGAGUUGCUUCAAGUUCUAGUAUUGAGUCCAUCCAAUGAAUGGGUAGAUAUCGGUGAUGCUCCCAGUUACUGCAACUACAGUUUGGUGCAGGGAAGAGGUGGCAGGAACUUCUUUACAGCCCCCUACAGGGCUUGUGAUGUCCGGAUACAGGAUGGAAGCUACAUCUUAACAUUACUCUACAUUACCACUGCUAAGGGAGGCUACGUGCACAUGACUUGUCCAAUAAAAACCACUACUAGGGAGCCAACCAAGACUACUAGAACCAGUGCUGGGGAACCAACCAAGACUUCUAGAACCAUCACAACUACCAGAACCACAAUUAUACGGGUGACCAGCACCAGCGGGAAGACUACCAGAACCACGAUUGGGGAGCCAACCAAGACUACCAGAACCAGCAGGAAGACCACCAGGACAACCAGCAGGAAGACCACCAGCGGGAAGACCAGAACCAGCAGGAAGACCACCAGCAGGAAGACAACCAGGACCACCAUUGGGGAGCCAACGAAGACUACCAGAACAACCAGCGGGAGGACAAGGACAACCAGCAGGAAGACCACCAGGACAACCAGCAGGAAGACCACCAGCGGGAGGACCACCAGGACAACCAUUAGGGAGCCAACGAAGACCACCAGGACAACCAGCAGGAAGACAACCAGCGGGAGGACAAGGACAACCAGCAGGAAGACCACCAGGAAGACCACCAGCGGGAAGACCACCAGGACAACCAUUGGGGAGCCAACGAAGACCACCAGAACCACCAGCAGGAAGACCACCAGCGGGAAGACCACCAGGACAACCAUUAGGGAGCCAACGAAGACCACCAGGACAACCAGCAGGAAGACAACCAGCGGGAGGACAAGGACAACCAGCAGGAAGACCACCAGGAAGACCACCAGCGGGAAGACCACCAGGACAACCAUUGGGGAGCCAACGAAGACUACCAGAACCACCAGCAGGAAGACCACCAGCGGGAAGACCAGAACCAGCAGGAAGACCACCAGCGGGAAGACCACCAGGACAACCAUUGGGGAGCCAACGAAGACUACCAGAACCACCAGCGGGAAGACAAGGACAACCAGCAGGAAGACCACCAGCGGGAAGACCACCAGGACAACCAUUAGGGAGCCAACGAAGACUACCAGAACCACCAGCGGGAAGACAAGGACAACCAGCAGGAAGACAACCAGCGGGAGGACAAGGACAACCAGCAAGAAGACCACCAGUGGGAAGACCACCAGGACAACCAUUGGGGAGCCAACGAAGACUACCAGAACAACCAGCGGGAGGACAAGGACAACCAGCAGGAAGACCACCAGGACAACCAGCAGGAAGACGACCAUUGGGGAGCCAACCAAGACUACCAGAACAACCAGCAGGAAGCCAACCAGCGGGAGGACAAGGACAACCAGCAGGAGGACAACCAGCGGGAAGACAACCAGAACCACCAUUGGGGAGCCAACGAAGACUACCAGAACAACCAGCGGGAGGACAAGGACAACCAGCAGGAAGACCACCAGGACAACCAGCAGGAAGACCACCAGCGGGAGGACAAGGACAACCAGCAGGAAGACCACCAGGACAACCAGCAGGAAGACGACCAUUGGGGAGCCAACCAAGACUACCAGAACAACCAGCAGGAAGCCAACCAGCGGGAGGACAAGGACAACCAGCGGGAAGACAACCAGAACCACCAUUGGGGAGCUGACCAAAACCACAACUAUUUGGAAACCUACAAUGCCAACUCUCCCUGACACUGCUUUCUGCAGAGCCUCCAGCAUGACUGUAGAAUUGCCCUCUGAGUUGCUUCAAGUUCUAGUAUUGAGUCCAUCCAAUGAAUGGGUAGACAUCGGUGAUGCUCCCAGUUACUGCAACUACAGUUUGGUGCAGGGAAGAGGCGGCAGGAACUUCUUUACAACCCCCUACAGGGCUUGUGAUGUCCGGAUACAGAAUAAAAACUAUGUCUUGACUAUAAUCUACACAACUGCAACUGGGAUAAGAGGGAUGGUGCAAAUGACUUGUCCAGCAGUAGAGACAACAACCCAUACUACUAGGACUACAACUAUUGGAAAGCCAGGGACUACUGGGAAACCUACAAAACCAACUCUCCCUCCCACUCCUGUCUGCAAAGCCUCCAGCAUGACUGUAGCCCUGCCCUCUGGGUCACUACAAGUUUUGUUAUUGAAUCUGUCCAACGAAUGGGUAGAUAUCGGUUCUGCUCCCAGUUACUGCAACUACAGUUUGGUGCAGGGAAGAGGCGGCAGGAACUUCUUUACAGCCCCCUACAGGGCUUGUGAUGUCCGGAUACAGAAUGGAAACUACAUGUUGACCUUGCUUUACAUAACUGCUGCUGAUGAACGAGGGUACUUGGACAUUAGCUGUCCCACCACUGGUGGGGAGCCAACAGAGACUACUAGAACCUCUGGUGUGGAGCUGACCGGAACCACUGGUGGGGAGCCGACGGAGACUACUAGCCCCUCUGGUGGGGAGCUGACCAGAACCACUGGUGGAGAAAUUACAACUAUUUGGAAACCUACAAUGCCAACUCUCCCUAACACUGCUCUCUGCAGAGCCUCCAGCAUGACUGUAGAACUGCCCUCUGAGUUGCUUCAAGUUCUGAUUGUAUUGAGUCCAUCCAAUGAAUGGGUAGAUAUCGAUGAUGCUCCCAGUUACUGCAACUACAGUUUGGUGCAGGGAAGAGGCGGCAGGAACUUCUUUACAACCCCCUACAGGGCUUGUGAUGUCCGGAUACAGGAUGGAAGUUACAUCUUAACAUUACUCUACAUUACCACUGCUAAGGGAGGCUACGUGCACAUGACUUGUCCAAUAAAAACCACUACUAGGGAGCCAACCAAGACUACCAGAACCACCAGCGGGAAAACCAGAACAACAAGCAGGAAAACCACCAGCGGGAAGACCAGCAGCAGGAAGACAACCAGAACCACCAUUGGGGAGCCGACCAGAACAACCAGCAGGAAGACCACCAGGACAAGCAGGAAGACAACCAUUGGGGAGCCAACCAAGACUACCAGAACCACCAGCGGGAAGACCAGAACAACCAGCAGGAAGACCACCAGGACAACCAUUGGGGAGCCAACAAAGACUACCAGAACCACCAGCAGGAAGACCACCAGGACAACCAGCGGGAAGACCAGAACAACCAGCAGGAAGACCACCAGGACAACCAUUGGGGAGCCAACCAAGACCACCAGGACAACCAGCGGGAAGACCACCAGGACAACCAGCAGGAAGACCACCAGAACAACCAGCAGGAAGACCACCAGGACAACCAGCGGGAAGACCAGAACAACCAGCAGGAAGACCACCAGGACAACCAUUGGGGAGCCAACCAAGAGGACCAGAACCACCAGCGGGAAGACCAGAACAACCAGCAGGAAGACCACCAGGACAACCAUUGGGGAGCCAACCAAGAGGACCAGAACCACCAGCGGGAAGACCACCAGGACAACCAGCGGGAAGACCAGGACAACCAGCAGGAAGACCACCAGGACAACCAGCGGGAAGACCAGGACAACCAGCAGGAAGACCACCAGGACAACCAUUGGGGAGCCAACCAAGAGGACCAGGACAACCAGCGGGAAGACCAGAACAACCAGCAGGAAGACCACCAGGACAACCAUUGGCGAGCCAACCAAGACUACCAGAACCACCAGCGGGAAGACCAGAACAACCAGCAGGAAGACCACCAGCGGGAAAACCACAACCAGUGGGAAGACCACCAGGACAACCAGCAGGAAGACCACCAGGACAACCAUUGGGGAGCCAACCAAGAGGACCAGAACAACCAGCGGGAAGACCACCAGGACAACCAGCGGGAAGACCAGGACAACCAGCAGGAAGACCACCAGGACAACCAGCGGGAAGACCAGGACAACCAGCAGGAAGACCACCAGGACAACCAUUGGGGAGCCAACCAAGAGGACCAGGACAACCAGCGGGAAGACCAGAACAACCAGCAGGAAGACCACCAGCGGGAAAACCACAACCAGUGGGAAGACCACCAGGACAACCAGCGGGAAGACCACCAGGACAACCAUUGGGGAGCUGACCAGAACCACCACUGGUGGAGAAAUGACAACUACUUGGAAACCUACAAUGCCAACUCUCCCAGACACUGCUCUCUGCAGAGCCUCCAGCAUGACUGUAGAACUGCCCUCUGAGUUGCUUCAAGUUCUAGUAUUGAGUCUGUCCAAUAAAUGGGUAGAUAUCAGUAAUGCUCCCAGUUACUGCAACUACAGUUUGGUGCAGGGAAGAGGCGGCAGGAACUUCUUUACAGCCCCCUACAGGGCUUGUGAUGUCCGGAUACAGGAUGGAAGCUACAUCUUAACCUUACUCUACAUAACCACUGCUAAGGGAGGCUACAUGCACAUGAGAUGUCAAAUUCCCACCAGUGGGAAGACGACCAAGGCCCCUACAAAUGUGGUCUGCACAGCUUCCAAUAUGGUGGUGGAGCUUCCCAACGAACCUUUAAGACUGGUUAAGGUUCUAGAUAAAUCCAACCAGUGGGUAGCUGUCGUUGAUGCUCCCAAGUACUGCAACUACACCUUGUCUCGGGAAAGGGGAAGGAACUUCUUCAUAACCCCCUACACGGCCUGUGAUGUCAGGAUACUGAAUAACAACUAUGUUUUGAAAAUAUGGUAUCUGACAACUGGUGGCAAAAAAGGGUAUGUGGUGAUGGAGUGCCCCACCAGUGCUGGAGAACCCACAAAAGCCCCAACAACUACGACCACUACAUGGGAGCGCACCAAACCGACCAGGACCACCGGAAUCGCUACAAAGACAACCAUGAGAACCACUAGUGGGGAGCCAACUGUGGUCUGCACAGCCUCUAGUAUGGUGGUGGAGCUGUCCAGGGAACCUGUGGUACUAGUAGAGCUUCUAGAUUAUUCCAACAAAUGGGUAGUUGUCAACAAGGCUCCCGUGUACUGCAACUACACCUUGCUGCAGGGAAGUGGAAGGACCCUUUUCAUAACCCCCUACAAAGCCUGUGAUGUCAGGAUACUGAAUGAGAACUACAUCUUGACCCUCCGCUAUACAACUUCUGGGCAACAAGUUUAUGUUCACAUGAAAUGCCCAACCAGUGCUGCAGCACCCACAAAAACACCUUCCUCUACAACCACUACUGGAAAACCAACAAUACCCACUGUCUGCAAAGCUUCCGUCAUGACAAUCGAGCUGCCUGAAGGACCAAUUGAACAAGUAGCCCUGAGGGAUAAAUCCAACACUCUGGUAACUGUCAAAGAUGAUACCAGAGAGUGUGGAUACAGCUUGGUGCAUGGGAGAGGAAAGAACAUCUUCACAGCACCUUACACGGCCUGUGAUGUGAGGAUGCUGAAUGGGAAUUAUGUCCUGACUCUAGCAUAUGUAACCCUUACUGGGAGAAGGGUACUGGUGCAGAUGAAAUGUCCAACCAGUGCAGCUUUACCAACAGGGUUGCCGCUCCCUCCCUUUGGGGUUUCUGUCCUCUGCAGUGAUACUUGCAUGACAGUGGAACUUCCUGGGGGACUGCUACAAGAUAUCCAGUUAAUGGAUGAAUCCAACAACUUGGUAGCUGUUACCAGUGCUCCCAAGACUUGUGGCUACAGUUUGGUGAGGGAGAACGGCAAGAACAUCUUGACCGCUCCUUACAAGGCCUGCAAUGUCAAGAUACUGAACAACUUCUACAUCCUGAGAGUCCUUUACACAACUCUUACUGGGGAGCGAGGAGAUAUACAGGCCAAGUGUCCUGUUCCUGGUCUAGUACCACAUGAGGGGUGCAAGAUACCAAGAAGUCAGCAGGUUGCUUGUGGUCCACCUAAUGCUGAUCCACAACUGUGUGUGGCCAAUGGAUGUUGUGUGGAUGCAACAACUUCCCAGUGUUACUAUCCUUUGGAUGCGUGCGCUGCAGAUGGCCAUUUUGUAUUCUCCGUGUACCGCACCUCAACCAAGCCAGAAAUCGAUCCUGGCAGUCUAGUAAUUGCAGGAAACCAAUCAUGUGCCCCAGUCAUCUGCACGCCAGACUUUGCCAUCUUCAAAUUUCCUGUGACUGGCUGUGGGACACAUGUCUUUACAGUGGCAGAGACUACAAUCUAUCUUGCUGAAGUUCAUGGCUUGGUUAGGGGGAACGAGCAGGUGUAUGGACAAAUUUACCAGAGAUGGCCCUUUUCGUUUAUAUGUGGAAUGUCGCUUUUCUAAAGGAAGUUUGGCCAGCACUGGUUACUUGGUGGUGAACCCACCACCUCCAUCAGCAGCCUUGGCUUUUGGCUCGCU